AUGCAGAAUAACCUUUCCGAGCAUGAAGACGUUAUGGAGGAAGAAAAGCUUGAUGAUGACGAUGAAGAUGAAAAUAAUGAACACACAAUGGUCACUACAUCAACUACAACACCACACAAUAGUUCUACUACUACCUUAUCAACCAACAAUAAUUACGGAGAUGAAACGUUGGACUUGUACGAUCAGGAUGAUGAUGGCGAUGAUGAGGAAGAUGAUGAUGAUUCAUGGGAUGAUUUAUACAAUUAUGAAUCUCUUGCAGAUGUGUUAGAUGAAGAGGAGGAAUUGGUAAAAGUUUGGAAAAGAAUUCAAAACGUUUUCAAACAUCGUAAAGACGCUCUCAUGGAUCAUGUUCAAAAUUUAUCCACCAAUUUAAAGAAACAAGUCGAUGAUCGGAAACUAAAAUUAAAGAAGAAAAAGGAGAGGUUUGAACGAGAAUUAAGAAGACCUGAAACCAUUAAAUUUAAGGACAAGUUGGCCUUCACGUUGGGAGUGAUCAUUUUGACUUCAUCUACCUUCUUAUUGGCUAAAUAUCCUCAAUUUCUCCCAAAUUAUUACAUGAUCUUGUGUAUCAUAUUGAUGGUGAUGAGAUUCUUUUCUUAUCAUGGCAGAGGAUAUCACUACUUUAUGCUUGAUUUCUGCUACUUGGCCAAUUUAAUUCUCAUUGUCUAUUUAACGUUUUAUCCUUCGAGUCCACAUUUAUUCAUGAUGAAUUUUGUGAAUUGUACUGGACCAUUAUUGUUUUCAGUGAUCAUGUGGAGAAAUAGUUUGGUGUUCCAUUCGAUUGAAAAAGUCACAUCAGUCUUUAUUCAUAUUUAUCCAAAUUUGGUUGUUUUUGUUUUGAGAUGGAUGGUCAAGCAUAAGGAUGGCAUUGUUAAAUUUCCUUCUACAGGGCAAGAAUAUCAUAUUUGCAUUCGUAACGACGAGGAAUGUACCAUAUCGUUUCGUGACGUAUUUUAUACACACAUUGUACUCUUUUGUUUUUGGCAAAUUGGAUAUUUUAUCAAAACUAAUGUCAUCGACAAGUCCUAUUUGCAAAGAAGAGCAAACUUACAAACCACGUACCGCUAUCUCACCUCAAAGUCAUACAUUCAAAUGUUAAGUGAUAAGAUUUAUGGUACAAAAUAUCGUCCAUAUGGCUUCAUUACAUUACAGUUCAUUUAUCACAUGCUCACAUUAAUUCCUGUGAAAUUUGCCUUUGACAAUUUCUAUCUGCAUGUGAUCAUGCUGUCAGGUGUAUUUUUAUGUUCUAUCUAUAACGGAGCCUCUUUUUACUUUGAACGAUUUGUAAAGCAUUAUGUGGAAGAUCUUAAUAAGAUUGCUGAUCAAUUGGAAAAGGAAGAACGAGAUGCUGAAGCUUUGGAAUCGAGUGCUUCUGCCACCGCCACGAACAUUAUUAACAGUGAGGCCUCAACACAAGCUCUCUGA